AUGAGCUCGGCAAUACAGGAUGGGGAGCGAUUACGUUUCCCAAGGCCCGUACGACCAAGUCCAACGGGCGCCCUCCCGAACGCAGACGUAUACGAUGCAGAAGCAGUCGGAGCCUUCGAGGGGAUCAACCUCGCCGAAGAACGGAUCCGAUCCGACCCGGACAUUGAAGAAGUCAUCCUCUUCCUAGACAACUCAGCGGUCGUGGACGGCAUCCUCGGCCUUACACCAGCCUCUUCACAAGGAGCCUACAUGGGCCUCAGGACAAUCGCUAAAGACCUCCAGCCAGGAAUCCGCACCAGAGUGGCUUGGGUCCCAGGGCGCAAGGACAUACACGGCAAUGAAACAGCAGACAAACUCGCAAAGGAAGGAUCAGAACUUCCGACACUACCCUCCAAGACUGCCACAAUAACCCAUAUUAGAAGUUGGACUAGAAGCGAGAGGAGACGGCUCCGGGAGCUAGACUGGGACGAGAACCAACGGCUUUACUACAGACGCUGGCGAUUAGAUGCUCUCCCCAAACCACCGGAACUACAGCUACCUAGGGCCAUACUUCACCGGCUGCCCAUCUGCAAGUACGGUGAGCCAAGAACGCAAGGCCAUUUUGUCGAGUGCAGAAUGGUCCGACACUUCCUACUGGAUGUCCCCAAAGAGGACCUCCGGAUACGCAACACCCCCCUCACCUAUCUACUAGGCCCCGACGGAUACAAAGACUUUCAGACACUAGUGGAAGACACGAACCCUUAUGGCCCUGCCCCACAAGAUACAGAUUGA